AUGGAGAACUAUACCUACAACAGCCUCACGCUCCAGAUGGAGGGGUUAAGGGUCACCAACACUAACAAGUAUCCUAUCUUCUUUUUCCUGCUCUCGGCCUACAUGUUCAUCCUAUUAUCCAACGUGGGCAUUUUGAUCCUGAUCUGGAAAGAGAGGAGCCUCCACCAGCCGAUGUACCUCCUGUUCUGUAACCUGUCAGUGAACGAUGUCAUGGGGAACUCUCUGCUUGUUCCCCGGGUGCUCUCGGACAUCAUGGUGCCGCCGUCUGAACGCCUCAUUCAUUACUACGAGUGUCUGGUGCAGGCGUUCACCACACACAUGUUCGGCACCAACGCUCACACGGUGCUCAUGGUUAUGGCUUUUGACAGAUACGUGGCCAUCUGUAACCCCCUGCGCUAUGCGUCCAUAAUGAACGGCACCAUGGUGAUCAAGCUGACCGUUUCUGCCUGGGGGGUGGCCUUUGUUCUAGUGGCCAUUCUGCUCGGUAUGACCAUACGGCUGAACCGAUGUCGGACUCUGAUCACAAACCCUUACUGCGACAAUGCCUCCAUCUUCAAACUCUCCUGUGAGAAUGUGUACGCCAACAACGUGUACGGCCUCAUGUUCACGGUCGUCCUGCUCACGGCCUCUAUCGGCUGUGUCGUCCUCACCUAUUUCAAAAUCACAGCUGCCUGUUUGACCAGUAAGAGCAAGUCUUUGAACAGCAAAGCCUUGAAGACCUGCAGCACUCACCUGUGUCUGUACCUCAUGAUGCUCAUCAGUGGGUUCACCAUCAUCAUCCUCCAUCGCUUCCCCCAGUACGCAGAGUACAGGAAGAUAGCGGCCAUUAUGUUUAACGUUGUUCCCGGCAGUCUGAACCCCCUCAUCUACGGGCUGCAGUCCAAAGAAAUACACAAGUGUUUGUCUAAUUUAUACCAUUUUAAAAGAGUUAAACCCUCCAUUUGA